AUGAUUGACAAGACCGGAUGGGCGGAACUAGCCAUCUUGCACCAAAUCAUGCACCGAAAGCUGCAAGGCAAGGAACACCAGCUUCCGGUUGCUGUUUCGCAGACUCGAGGUGAAGCUUCCACGGAGUUGACGCAUGCGACCAUCAAGACUUUUGAAGGGAUGGACGCGCAGAAUCCCCAAGCUGGGCAAUGUCAAUUGCGAAGGGUUUGCGUGAAUUGCUUGGGACACAUGGCAUUGCUGGGCUGCGAUGUCGCCAAGUCCUAUCUCUACAAGUUGCAGGGCUGCAGCGAUCCCGAGAUUCGGCUGACGACCUACGAAGCCCUGGGCAGUUCCUCGAAGGGUCGCAACGAUGGCAACGCUACGUGGCAGCGAUCGAUGGGCGCCAGAUGGCUGGGGGUCUCCUGGACUCAGCCUGUGGAGAUCUGCAAAAGCCCUGAGGUGUUCAUUCGAAAGCGCUAUGGAGGGCAAACUGAUCCGACAGCCGUCAAGGUACAGAAGGCUGGCGGUCACAAAUUGCUUCGGCCGAGCAGGACAAGAUGGACCCCACCGAAGCUGCUGCGCAGUGCUUUCGUCACUUCGCGGCCAGCCUUCCUACUCGCCAGCUUUACGUUGUUUGGAUUUGUAGCCACUGGAGAGGGCUAUAGUCCAUGCAUUUUGCUAGUGAACCGGGAUAUCGAAGGUCGCCAGAAGCUGAUUGCUAGCCUGACGCCCGAGGUGGAUUCCACGGAAGCCACGCCCGCGGUCACGGCAGAUUUCUGCAGCGAGGCCGAGAUCAAGGUAUCGCGUCACCUGGCGCGCUUGCUGGCGGAUCCUUCGCAGCUGCCACGACCCGAGCUGGAGAAGCGGCCAAUGUACGAGCUUGCUGAUUUUGGUGAUCCUUGGGAAUAUUGGUCCGUGCACGCCAGCUCGGAUCGCUCCAAGGUGAGCAUUGUUCAGAACAGUCGUUUUGGGAUUGGUGACGUCACCUUUCUCAUGGUGAUGUAUGGUAAGUUGGAGUACAUCCAGGACACCGUGAAAAGGUUGGGUUUGUUGGGCGAUUGGGCAGUGGACCGCUUGCACAAGAUGACCCAGAUGGUGGGCAUGUACUGCGACGGGGAUUUGUCAUGGCCCUCCGCCGCUGAGCUCGCCAAGUGUGAGGAAAUCCGGAAGAACUGCGCAGAACACAUAGAUGCUUUGCCCGAAAAACCACGUGACGUGGUGGGAGACAUCCGCGUGUGUCGUUACCUGCGUUUCUUCAGUGGCGAUGUGGCCAAGGCCUCAGCGGCGUAUACCAAGUUCCUUCAGUACCGCGUGGAAGAGAAGAUCGACGUCCUCAGAGAGGGCAUCAUCGACUUGAACCUGAAGGACUUCACCAAGUGGCUUGAGUCAGUGAUGUCACCCUACACUCCGAUGUUUGUACCUGGCUUCACUGAGACGGAGGACGGGCAUUUCGUGAUUUUCACCUCCCCCGGCUCCUUCAAGCCCAACGAGUUUGUGAGCAAGCGACCAGCUUGUCAUACUUUGGACAACGAUUUGCAGCUAAUUCGGGUCUCCUUGGAGUACUUCAUGAAGCAAGUGGAUGACAAUUGCUACAAGAGAAAGAAGAUGUGCUAUGCAAUUAAACUGAUUGAUUGUCGGGAGCUUGGCAACGAAACGUUGCCCGUCUUCGUGCCAGAGAUCAGGAAGUUUGCCCAAGACAACCUGGGAAAGGUGAUGAGUUUUUACUGCGAGCAGGAUAUCUUGCUGCUAGUGGUGAAUGCACCCUUCAUGGUGCGCGCCAUCACUGCGUUUGCUACGACCUUCAUGGCCAAGCGCCAAUCCAAUCGGAUCAAAGUCAUGGGUACCGCGACCGGCUCUGACGUUCAAAACGUCUUGAGGGCCCUCGGCCCACGAAGCAUCUUCCCCGAAUCCCUCGGAGGAAGUCGAAGGGCAGAAGAUGUGCCGUUUUAUAAGCCUUUGCUAUAUCAAGAUGAGAAGAGGGUGAAGGCUUGGAUGGCGCGUAGCACCGCAGGCAUCACCAAGGAUGGCGCCACCCCGAAGCCGUCGCCCUCGGCUCCCGAGGAGAACCCGCCGGAGCCUGCGGGCUACGCGGAGCCGACCCGGGAGGAGGAGGAGGAGGACGAGCCGCUGCCGGUGGUGAACGUAGAGGAAGAAGUGCCUGAAAAGGAGACGGAGUUGAAAGUUGACAUCCAAGAAGGACCUCCGCCGAGCAGUGGAUGGUUUUGCUCAUGCUCUGCCCCAUGCGCUGUGUAA